AGCGGCGGUGGCGGCGGCGGCGGGGAAGAUGGCGGCGGCCGCCCCCGAGCAGCAAAGCUCUAACGGCCCGGUGAAGAAGUCUAUGCGAGAGAAGGCUGUGGAACGCAGGAAUGUUAAUAAGGAGCACAACAGUAACUUCAAAGCAGGAUACAUCCCAAUUGAUGAAGACCGUCUCCAUAAGACAGGUUUACGUGGCAGGAAAGGCAACUUGGCCAUAUGUGUGAUUGUUGUUCUUUUUAUUUUGGCCGUCAUCAAUCUGAUUAUUACCCUGGUUAUCUGGGCAGUGAUAAGAAUUGGUCCCAAUGGUUGUGACAGUAUGGAAUUCCAUGAGAGUGGCUUGCUGCGGUUCAAGCAGGUGUCUGACAUGGGUGUUAUCCAUCCCUUAUAUAAAAGCACUGUGGGAGGGAGACGGAACGAAGACUUGGUGAUCACUGGGAAUAAUCAGCCUAUUGUAUUUCAGCAAGGAACAACCAAGCUUAGUGUGGAAAAAGACAAAACUUCUAUCACCAGUGAUAUUGGCAUGGAAUUUGUUGACCCACGAACUCAAAAUACUUUGUUCAGCACCGACUAUGAAACUCAUGAGUUUCAUCUGCCAAAUGGAGUUAAAAUCUUGAAUGUACAAAAGGCCUCUACAGAGAGGAUUACCAGCAAUGCAACCAGUGAUCUAAACAUAAAGGUUGAUGGUCGUGCCAUUGUCCGGGGAAAUGAAGGUGUUUUCAUCACAGGCAAGACAAUUGAGUUUCGAAUGGGUGGAAACAUGGAACUUAAAGCAGAAAACAGCAUCAUUCUGAACGGAAGUGUGAUGGUCAGCCCGUCACGGCUGCCGAGCUCUUCUUAUGGGGAUCAGUUCAACAACGGCAACUGGCUGCGCUUCAAGCUGUGCAUGUGCGCCGACGGGACGCUCUUCAAGGUCCAGGUCACCGGGCACAACAUGGGCUGCCAGACCUCUGCCAACCCCUGUGGAGCCACACACUGAAACAACUGCUCCUGGGACAGGCCUCCUUGGUGUUUACAUAGAGCUGUAUGAAGUAAUUGCAUGCCUUCCAGGGUUUCUUUUUUUACAGCAGUUUAUACUAACAAUUCUUACAUAGUAUUUUUAAGGAAAGGCUGUUACGGUCAGCAGUGUUAGGUCAUUGUGCUGUUAGCUGCAAUAGUGGCACUGAAUCUGUAAGCUUUCAGUGUACAUGCAUACUGAAGUACCUUCUUGAGUUGGGAUCAGUAGAAUAUAUGUAAAGAACAUGAUCUUGGCGACAGCUCUACUGCCUACAGCUGUCUCUAGAGGAGCUUUUUGUCCUAUGUCCCAAGACCUUGAAAACUGCUGAGAACACAACUGCAGUCUCAAGUACUUCAACAGGAAUGUCAACUUUUUGUUGGAAAUAGAUUUUCCUAGGAUGGCUGAAGUGGCAGACUUUUCUUUCUUUUUGAUACAUUGAUUAACCCCAAACUUAGGUGGCUUACCAGAUGUGUACUAAGAGGGGGAGUGGCAGAUUCACUUUAAAAUAUCACAUUAUUUCUGCCAUGUAUUCAUUCUCACGUUGCUAAAAAUUAUGCUAUCAUAAAUAAUAUUUGCAAAGUAAUACAGAGUAUGGAAAUUUAACUUGAGUUUUGAAGUAGUCUUGUGGUUAUUGAAGUGUUGCUUGAACUUCCAUUCUAUCUGUGCAGUUAAUGCAUUCUGCAGUUGCUUAAUUUAUGUGAAGUACUUAUAAAAUGUGUUUAUAGUAAAAGUACAUUUUUAAAAAUGUACUUACAACUUGCGUACUACCCAAAAAUAGUGUUUUCCUGGGUGUUCUAAUGUGAACAGUGUCUGAGUCCAUUAAUCAGUAGGUAGUAAUCUAAGCAUAACUGUUGCAGCAGUGUCUGAGAUAGAUCUCUCCUUCCUCAUAAAUGUCAGUACUGAUGCAUUACUGAGAGCAUCAAAACAUUAAAUUUUGAAGUUAAACUGCAGGUCUGUAAUAAUAAAUUACAGUGGUAAUUUAUUAUUACAGCAGCGGUGUAGGACAAUUUAUUAUUAUUGCAGCGGUGGUAGGACAUCAGGGUAAAUAGAUGUGUAUCAGAAUUUGUCAGCAGUGAAACUAUGGUGAACUGGGGUCUAUUAGAGCCUUCCAACUGCUUCGGCAGCAGUGAGGUGUUUUGUGCUAAAAAUAGACCAGCUAUUUAUAAGAUUCCUUCUUUCCUCAUCCCAUGUAUUUCUUCAGUUUAAAACCACUUUGUUUUGCAGUAGCAUCAAGUAAUCUUAAUAUUGGAGGUCUCAAAGUGACUUUGUAACAGCUUUUUGACAAGUUUUUUGAUAAGCACACACUUCUUUACCUAAAAAUUAUGUGAGUUUUACACAUUAACUUCAGAAUUGAUUAUUUGUUACAGGAAGAUAAACUAUCUACCCUUGUUUUACAGUGCUCAAAGUACAUAGAAUUCCAUAAAUCACAAAUCAGCUCCUGCUGUAACAAGAAAUUAAUAUCCAAGGUCCCAGUUUCUGAAUUUACUGGCAGGCAGUAAGCACUCAUGCAGAAUGUGUAUGGUUGGAAGUGAUUUUUGGAGGGGUAUUCAUCAGUCAGGCAUUACAGCACAUGGGGGAGGCCAGAGGAGUCGUAUUUCCGUCACUGCUCAAAGGCAAAGCCAGAUUUUGAUGCUCAGUAAUUGUUGCAUUUUUGGGGCUGGACAGCAGUGGAGCUGUUCCGACAAAAUCAGAAUAAGCAAAAUAUAAUGUAGCAAAAACCACUGAGUUCUCACAUUAAAGACUGUGGGGAAGUACUAACAUUUUGCAUUCUUCCUUCAUGGCCGUCAUAGUUUUAUCAGAGUUAAUAGUUACUAAACACUUCAGCACACAUUUUGCUGCUUUACACCCACCUUUGCUUUUGCUGCUAAGCAGUGCCUCAAUUAGUAUCUGUUAGAGUUAAGAGGAGGAAAUGAACUAACGUUUUUAGAAUUUUCACUCUCAUGCUAAUGGAAGUUUGUCACUUUAUGUAUACAAAUGCAAACACAUAUUAAAAAAUACGAAGAGCAGUAUCCUCAAAGCUGAAGUACAUCUUGAAAAUAACAGAUACAACCUUGGUCAAGUAGGUUAAACACGUAUUAAAGCUCUUCUCUGAUUAAUAGUGACAUGCCUAUAUGCUAGUAUUGGAUUCUUGUAAUUAUCAAGAGUUCUUUUUAAAAUACUGUGUACAAUGUACAGCUGAAAGAUUUGUCACAAAGGUACUCUUAAAUCAUGAUCUGCAGAGUUGUUUUUGAAGUGUGGAUUUUUUUGUCAAAAUGUAGCAAAACCAAUCAUAAAAAUACCAAAUGAAAUAAAUUAUCAAAUUUGCUAGCCACUA